GAGCUUGGCCCGCGGAGCCGGCGCCGAAUCCCGCGGCCUCAGCUGCAGCCGCGCCUUCUCUCUGCUCCGCCACCAGCCGGGGCUCGGGCCGGUGCCCGGGCCCCCGGGACAUGGCCCUCCGGAGUGCGCAGGGUGACGGCCCCACGUCUCCUCGCUGGGACGGCGGCGCGGAGAAGGCAGACUUUAAUGCCAAAAAGAAAAAGAAAGUGGCAGAGAUCUACCAGGCUCUGAACAGUGACCCCACCGAUGUGGCUGCCCUUAGACGCAUGGCUAUCAGUGAAGGAGGGCUGCUGACUGAUGAGAUCAGACGGAAAGUGUGGCCCAAGCUCCUCAAUGUCAACACCAGUGAUCCACCUCCUACAUCAGGGAAGAACCUGCGACAGCUGAGCAAGGACUACCAGCAAGUGCUGCUGGAUGUCCGGCGGUCUCUACGGCGGUUCCCUCCUGGCAUGCCAGAAGAGCAGAGGGAAGGGCUGCAGGAAGAGCUGAUCGACAUCAUCCUCCUCAUCCUGGAGCGCAACCCUCAGCUGCACUACUACCAGGGCUACCACGACAUCGUGGUCACGUUUCUACUGGUGGUAGGCGAGAGGCUGGCCACAUCCCUGGUGGAAAAAUUGUCUACCCACCACCUCAGGGAUUUCAUGGACCCAACAAUGGACAACACCAAGCAUAUAUUAAACUAUCUGAUGCCCAUCAUUGACCAGGUGAAUCCAGAACUCCAUGACUUCAUGCAGAGUGCUGAGGUGGGGACCAUCUUUGCGCUCAGCUGGCUCAUCACCUGGUUUGGGCACGUCCUGUCAGACUUCAGGCACGUCGUGCGGUUAUACGACUUCUUCCUGGCCUGCCACCCGCUGAUGCCCAUUUACUUUGCAGCUGUGAUCGUGUUGUAUCGAGAGCAGGAAGUCCUGGACUGUGACUGUGACAUGGCCUCGGUCCACCACCUGUUGUCCCAGAUCCCUCAGGACCUGCCCUAUGAGACGCUGAUCAGUAGAGCAGGAGACCUCUUUGUGCAGUUUCCCCCGUCCGAACUUGCUCGGGAGGCAGCUGCCCAGCAGCAGGCCGAGAGAACGGCAGCCUCUACCUUCAAAGACUUUGAGCUGGCAUCAGCCCAGCAGAGGCCUGACAUGGUGCUGAGGCAGCGGUUUCGGGGACUUCUGCGGCCUGAGGAUCGAACAAAAGAUGUCCUGACCAAACCAAGGACCAACCGCUUUGUGAAGCUGGCGGUGAUGGGGCUGACGGUGGCACUUGGAGCGGCUGCUCUGGCUGUGGUGAAGAGUGCCCUGGAGUGGGCCCCAAAGUUUCAACUGCAGCUGUUUCCCUAAAUGCCAGAGAAGACACUUCCUCUAACAUGACAUCAAGGUCUCACCCUUCCAUGGACCGACUGGGAGGGGGUGGAAUUUCCUUUAUUAAAAGGGUUUCUGUCGAGGGUUUUCUAUUCCUGCCACCCUUCCCCCACCCCAUCCAUGGUUGCCUUUGCUUCAGAGGCCAAUUGCAGAGCCUGUGUGACGCGGGCACCUGGGGGCCUGAGCACAGAACUCUUUCUCACUCACAGUGGGCUUCUGAGCGGGCGCUCCACGGCCUCCUCUUGUAUUGGAGGGAAUGGGUUUCUGUAGCUCACAGCUGCCUUUGGAACCCACUGGGCCUGGUCACCGGGGGGCAUCUUAGCUGGACCACUGAAUGCCCUUCUGGCGGCUCCUUCUAUCCGUCCUGUCUGCUUCAGCUGGACAAAGAAGUCAGACCUUGGAGUGAAGGCGAGGGGGCAGAGGAGACUAGCCCGGGAGCAAGAUUGGCCCCUUCUGAGAAUAGCUCCACUAGCUGGUCAGAAAUCUAAGCGACAUAUGUGAACUAGGUUACUCGGUAAAUCUUAUUUUCAGCCUAGAACUCACUUGGGUGUUUCCAGUCAGACAAAAAGGAAUGUUAAGUUUUAGGGCCCAGACAUCAGCUGGCUUUGCCUUUUUUUUUUCUUUCUAUUCUCUUCCACAAGCCACACAAUGAUGCUUAUAAAAGACACUUUUACUACUAUUUUUAGAACUACAUACAUCCAACAUGUAAAGUGCUACUAUUUUUAGAAUUAUAUACAGCCAACAUGUAAAGUACCCUCACUUUUAAAUAGUUCCUUCUGGAAAAAAAAAAAAAAAGAAAGAAAGCUCUCAUCAGAAAGAUGAGCUUCUGAAAUGCUGAGUUUCUUUUCUGCUCAGUUGUGUAACAUCUCACUUUAGCCAGAGUCACUGUUUAUGAACAGCCCCCUACUUCCUUGUCCAGCUUUCCUUCCUUCCUUCCUGUUUCCUCCCGUUUUUCUCUCAAGUAGGCACCUACUUACUACUUUGGCUUGUUGUGGGGGUUUGACUCACCUCCUCAACUGCUGGUCUCUCCUUCCUGGUUGGAAAUGUCAUUGGGAACUUGCCAGUGCCCAGAAAGGGACAAACUGCAGCCUGGAGAGUGUGUUGGGAGCCAGGGACAGCCAGCUUCCUACCACAGGCUUCCUGAGGACUCUCUAGGCCUUAGGGAACAAGACGGAUCAUUCACUUCUUCAGUACAGCUUUUCCUGUAAGCCAAGCCAGGUUUGUUUUAGAUUAACUGUGGCUUUAAAAAAAAAAAAAA